CAGAAAGGGCAUCAUUUGAUUUCACAAUGACAAUGGAAAGCAGAAUCAAUGCUAAGUUCUCCACUUGCAUGAUUCAAAAAAAAAAGGAAAAAAAGAAUAGAAUAAGGUGUGAAAUAAGAAGCAGAUUCAAAGGUACAGUAAUGACCUCAUUUGUUCUUCAGGAAGGAAAGAUAAUGUGUUUAAGAAAUUCUAUAUAAGGAUAACUCCAUGGCAUACUUUGAUCAUCAAGUUCCACACAACAAAAAAAUCCCUUGAACUCGAAAUUCAGUCGUGCACAGCCCAUUCCGCAGCAUCAUGGCUUGCAUGCAGAUGUCCAAAUGCGAAGCUGAGAAAAUGAAGUGCAACAAUGGCGCGCAGGGCUACUACUAUUCUGAUUACAAGGAAGAGAUGCACAAGUCAGCUGGGUAUUCAAUGUCCCAAGGUGGCAGCCAUAACAAUGCCUCCAAGGGUUAUUCCUCUUCAGAUUACAAGAAUGAGAUGCACAAAUCAGUUGCAUGUGCACCCAAUCAAGCUGGCCAUGGCAUCGGAGGUAUUAUCCACAAGUAUUCCAGCCACGACAACCACUCUUCAGGUCACCAUGGAUUGUCUGAAAAAGUUUCAUCCAUCUUUAGCCAUUCAGGGUCUAGCCAUGGCUAUGGCCACCAUGGCCAUGCAAGCCAUGGUUUGAGCCACCAGGCAGACCAUGGCUUGGGUCACCAUCGCCAUGCCAACCAUAACAGCUCAGGCCACCUUGCUUGUGCCAACCACAACUCAGGCCAACACAUAUCUGCCCACAAGGGCUCUUCCCAUCACAGCUCAGGCCAUCAUGGCUCUGGCCAUCACAACUCAGGCCACCAUGGCUCAGCCCAUCAUAGCUCUGGCCACCACAGCCACAAUUCAAGCUGUGAGUUCAAAGAGGAAAAGGAAGAGUACAAGGUCUGUAGCUCAGGAAACAUGAAGAGCGUGAUGAAGAUCAAGAAGAAAUCAUCCUGCAAGCGCAGUGAUGAUAGCAGCGACAGUGAGAGUGACAAUGAAGGCUAUGGCAAGGGCAAGAAGUGCUAAACAAGCAAAGCUCAGCACCAGCCCAAGACCAGAUCAGACAAUGCAUGCUGCUAAUAACAUAUUAAUAUAUUUAUGAUAUUGUACUAUUACGCAAAUAAUGCCCAGUCGCAACUACUAGAACGGCUGAGAGCAAUUGUCAUGCAACAAUGGAUGGAUUUCCUUAUUGUACUACAUGUUUUAUACUGAAUGAUCAGUGUUUUACCUAA